CUAUUAAUAAAGUUUAUACUACGGGUCGCCGGCGGCUUCCCGCGUUCGCGUAGUUCUCUGGAUAAGAUUGUCCUGAGUGGAUUGCCGUAGUAGACCUUUCUGCGGGGGGUGGAGUUAAACUGAGGUGACCCCCAAGCCGGAUCCUCCACUGCUGCCAGCAACAUGUUCAAGCAUCUUUGGAAACAACAUUGUAGGAGAAAUGUGGAAUGUGAGGAAAUGGAGGCAGUGAGUAUGCAGACAAGCCUAGGAGUUUGACUAUGAAAGAAAAAAAAAAAGAGGUAAUUCGGUGGUCUGUGGGUUCUGCCAGCCUGAGUCUUCUCUCCUUUAAGGUCUAUGCAUCUCAUAAAAAGGAGAAAAGGGACAAAUGUUCAGUUGGAAUUGAUGAGCUUUCACUCUACUCAAUUCCAAACUUUGAGUCCAAAUAUGUGGAGGAACCAAGAAGCCCCCUGGAAGAAGGCAUUUCACAACUUAGAAAGUAUGCUGUACCAUAUGCAUAUUGGUUUCAGGUUGCUUAUGACAAAACUAAGCCUACGUUAGAUGCUGCCUUUCAACAAGGAAUAGCUAGCAGUGAGUUUUUCCAAAAUCCACCUCCAGGAUUUUUUCCAAGACUUGGCGUGAUUGGUUUUUCUGGAAUUUUGGGAUACUUUGUCGCUAAAGGUUCAAAAUUAAAGAAGCUUUUGUAUCCAAUUGGUUUCAUGAGCAUUACUGCAUCUGUCUAUUAUCCACAAGAGGCUUUUGAAUUUGCACAGGUCAAUGGGGAGAAAUUGUAUGACUGGGGGUUGCGAGUAUUCAUUAUCCUAGAAGAUAUGUGGAAGACAUACUUUCAAACGGAUGCAAACAGGGAGAAGGCUGAAGAUGUGAAGCAGUCAUCUAAACAAAAGAAUAAAUAAAACGGACCUAGUGCUGUCCAUUUUCAACAGAUGUACUCCAAAGACUCCAUGCAGAAACCAGUAUUUUGAACAGAUUGAGAAAGAUGCCAGAGAUGUUGAUAUUGAAUGCAAUAAAGUAUCUUUCUUUUUCAUGAAAGACUA